AUGGACCCCCCCACACAACCCAUCAUCGCCGGCUUUAUGGCUCUCCGUGACAGCUCAAGCCGGCGAGCAGUGAUCAACGGGAUCCUUGAUAACCUAAGUCCACAUGAGAUACGAGAAGUGAAGAGCCGAUUUGAAACGAUCACAUUCCAUUAUGAUUUGCUAGACAAACUGCCUAUUGAACUGGUGGCUAUGUUAGCAAAGUACUUGGAUCUAGUUGAUCUUGUUCUCCUUCGAAAAGUCUCCAAACGAUGGUGUGAAGUGCUCUCUUCAACCACCGUCCUCACCACUGCAAUCAGAUACUACAUUGGGAAAAGCGUCAUUAAGCCCGAUUGUACCCUUGCUGACUUUGAUACGCUUAUUAAGAAACGAAUUCAAGUGGAAAGAGGAAUCCCUGCUGUUGUGGCUACAAUCCCUAACGACUUGCCUCCCGAUUUUGAGGGCGAGCUGAACCGAGACAAUAUAAGCUGUUUCAAUGGAGUAUGCGCGUGGAUUGAAGAAUCCAGAGACCGAACUACUAUAUUCAUGGUGCACCUACCAACCGGCCAAAACAGAACCCUCACAACAGCGAAUCGAGAGGAAUUUACUCAUGUCCAGGUCUCGGACAGCUUGGUAUCAGCAAUUUCUAUUCGGGGGUACUGUCAUGUCUGGAACAUCUCCAAAGAACAGUACAAGUCCUUUCGCAUUCCUUCGUUGCAAUUUGUUCAUUACAUAUCCAUCGGAUCCAAGAUCGCGCUGAGCUACGCGGAUUCCGUAGUCCAUUUCUGCUUUGACUCUGGAGUCGCCCGUUCCGUCAAAAUCGGGCCGUUCAUUCUUUUCUUGUCAGUACAUGCAAAGGAAGAUGGAUUCUCUGUCGUUUGUGCCCGCAGAAAAAAUGGCGACGACGUCCAACCAUGGGAAGAUGGUUACUUGUAUUGGGACAAGCAUCAUUUGCAGACCCAGAGAUUCUCUGUCCAUGAUAAUAGGUUUAUCUGCAUCGGGGAGCAAUAUCGAGAGCUUCCUUUCAGACAUGACGAAUCAUGGAGGUUUCAGUGCAAACCAGAAAACGCCACACCCCCAUACAGAGGGUGCCCCAGUCAAAGCUCUACUUUGCUGAAACUGCGUAUGGAUAGAGUUUGUGCGUUUCGUUAUCGUGCGGAUGAUCCUCAUCCGCAACAUCUUUCACUCGAGGCAGAUGAUCUGAUUACUGUGUAUUUCCACUCCACAGAGCUGGACUUCAGGUAUCCUCACGCCAACCUAGACUAUUCAGCCCGGGGGCCCGGGUUGAUUUUUAGUUAUUAUGAGGACUACUCAUUCUCAACAAAAAUGAAAUUGCGCAUUAGCCGUGUCUCGCACGUCCCCGACACUAAAGUGUGUCGAUUGGAAUCCUUACGCACAGUAACUUUUCCAGGUGACCGGUCAUGCAGAUCGGUUUGGGGGGAUGGAGACUUCGUUCUAUCCCCUUCGGAAGACAAAAUCUGGAUCGGGUGUUUUGAUGAGGCAUGGCUCCCCUCUGGUGUCCCUAAUAUGAGGAUUUCAACUUGGCGAUUUGACGGGUAA